UUCAACACAUUUUUACUUUUACAUUUUUGUAAAUUUUGUAUUUUUGUAUUUUUGUAUUGUUUUUAGAAUAAACAUGCCGCGAAAGAAACAAACAGAAAAUGUCGACGUCAUUGGUCAUUUGGAUAAGACACCCGCGGAUGCCGCUGGGGAAUUCAUUGUAUCUAAAGAUCAGGAUAAGUAUUUCAUAAAACCACCACACUGGGACUCUGCCCAAGAUUCCAUCGAUAUGCUUUAUAUACGUAACCAACGAGAAUAUAUGGAUAUGCUGGAAAUGCAGGAAAAAGUCAUGGAAAGUUCUAAAAAACAAACAAAGAUAAACGAAUCACGUAUGGAUGAAUUACGCAAGGAACACACUGAGAUGCGAGAACGAUUUAUUCAGACAAGUAAUUUUAUAAACCAAUGCGCUGACAAAAUGCAUUUAGCUGAGAAUGAUAUUAAGGAACAGCAGGAUUUGCGUACAAAAUUACGACAACGUAUUGAAGAACUUACAAAGUCUUUGCAAGAAUUAGAUACAUUUCGAAAAACACUUAACGAAACCGUUAAAGAAUUUCUACCCUACGAAAAAAUUAUGGAAGAUGUUGUACGAGAGUCUGGCACUUUUCAAUCAGUAAAAGAUUUUAUGGAUCGUUGUGACGCACUUUUGAUGACUAAUAUUGAAAUCGCUAAGUUAGGGAAGCAAAAAAUUGAAGAAAUUGAGAAGCUGCGUGCGUUAAUACUGAAAAUGACAGAUACAGCAGCACUUACGAUACUAGGAUUAAAAAAUGAAUUAAAUCAGUUAUUGUGCACCUAUACUGAGGCUUAUAAUGAAUGCAAUAUGUGGGAAGAUAAACUGUCGAAAGCUAGAGACGAGAUUAUUCACAAACAAAUCGGUAUUGAAAGAAGUAGGGAUGGGAUUCAUCAAAUGUACAAAAUGUUGUGUACCCGAAUCGGUCGCAAGCCCACACUACAACGAUCUCAUGUCGAGCAGGUACUUGAUUUCAUUCAAAAUGAAGUGCAGGUUUUAAGAAAGGUCACAAUACGAUGUGAAGAAGAAACACAAAAAAAUUUAAAUUAAACAUUUUUUCUAACUUCUUAUUGUAAAAAAUAAAUGA